AAGCCCCCUUCAGCGCAUCCCAAUCCCAUCGCAACUUAAUUCCCUCUUCGCUACAGAAAGCAAAGCAGCCAAGAGAUCAUGGGCCGAGAAGCGCCUCACAUAGCUGUCGUUCCAUCGCCGGGGCUCAGUCACUUAAUCUCUCUCGGCGAGUUCUCCCGGCGACUCGUCUGCCGCUUCAACUUCUCCGUCACCAUAAUCGUUCCAACCAACGGCCCAUCCUCCAGAGCAGAGGCCGCUUUCCUCGACUCUCUCCCUUCCUCCAUUUCUCACCUUCAUCUACCCGCGGUUAGCUUGGCGGACUUGCCGCCCACAGACGAGCUCGAGACCAGAAUCUCCGUCACCAUGGCUCGCUCGCUCCCGUUCCUUUACGACGCGUUGAAGGCGCUGGUAGCCACCACCGAGCUCGCCGCUCUGGUGGUCGACGUCUUUGGCGCCGACACGUUCGACAUGGCCAGAGAAUUCAACGUUCCUCCCUACAUCUACUUCUUGUCCACUGCCAUGUCUUUGUCUCUUCUGUUUCACUUGCAUACACUCGACUCAACUGUUUCUUGCGAGUAUGGCGAGCUGACAGACCCGGUUCGAAUCCCGGGUUGCAUUCCGAUCCAUGGAAAAGACCUUCUCUACUCGAUUCAGGACCGGAAGAGCGAAGCCUACAAAUGGUAUCUUCACCACGCCGAGCGGUACGCCAUGGCCGAGGGUAUCAUAAUCAACACCUCCACGGCCUUGGAGCCUGGCCCGAUCAAGGCCUUGCAGCAACCCGGAAAGCCAAGGCUUUAUCCGGUUGGACCCAUCAUCCACAUGGAAGUCGACCCGCCCACAGGCCCGAACGAGUGCUUGGACUGGCUCGAUGAUCAGCCGACUGGGUCCGUGCUGUUUGUUUCAUUCGGGUCCGGCGGAAGACUCUCUCAUGAACAGAUCACUGAGUUAGCACUCGGUCUUGAACUCAGUGAGCAAAGGUUUCUUUGGGUGGCAAAACCGCCGGAUAAUACCGCCGAAGGUGGGUAUUUCGCCGUUGACACCCGGAACCAAGCGUUGUCUUUCUUGCCAGAAGGAUUCGUCGAAAGAACCAAAGGCCGGAGCCUAGUGAUCACCAGUUGGGCGCCGCAAAUCCAAGUUCUGAGACACGAAUCAACCGGCGGGUUCUUAACCCACUGCGGCUGGAACUCUAUUCUGGAGAACAUACUGCACGGCAACGGCGUGCCGUUCCUCGCUUGGCCUCUCUUCGCCGAGCAAAACAUGAACGCCGCGCUGGUGGCUGGUGGUCUGAAAGUCGCUCUGAGGCCGGUGGCGGGCAAGGACGGGGUGGUGCGGCGUGACGAGAUUGCGAGGGUUGUGAAGGAUCUGAUGGUCGGGGAAGAAGCCAAGGCCUUCCGGGUGAGAAUGAAGAAGCUGAAGAGCUCGGCUCUGAAGAGCUUGAGUGAAGAUGGUGAUUCUGCCACAGCAUUGUGCGAGAUCGCCGACAAGUGGAUGAACCAGUACUAGAAGACAGCAAUUGAUUAAUUUUAAUUAAUUAAUUAAUUAAAACUGGCUUCCAAACGAGGAAGUGAUCGCCAGCCAUGCAUGCAUGCACUCGUGCAUUGUGAUUGUUUUCUUCUUUUGUUUAAUGUUCGUAAUUAAUUUGUCUGUCUCUAAUUAAUAAUUGCUGUUAGCAC